GGGGCGGCCGAGGACAUGGUGGUCCUGCGGGCUGGGCUCUGCCCUGGCCUCACCGAGGAGAUGAUCCAGCUUCUCCGGGCCGGCGGCACCAGGACGGUGGUAGACUUUGUGUCAUCAGACCUGGAGGACAUCGCCCAGAAGUGUUCCCUGUCUUACAAGGCGCUGGUUGCAGUGAGACGUGUGCUCCUGGCCCAGUUCUCUGCCUUCCCCACCAACGGAGCAGUCCUCUAUGAGGAGCUCAAGAGCUCCACAGCCAUCCUGCCCACUGGGAGCCCAAGCCUGGACCAGCUGCUGGACUCCGGGCUGUACACAGGGGAGGUGACAGAGCUCAUGGGAGCACCAGGCAGUGGGAAGACACAGGUGUGCCUGGGCAUUGCAGCCAGUGUGUCUCUAGGCCUCAAGCAGCCCGUCUUGUUUCUCGACUCCACAGGGGGGUUCACUGCCUCCCGUCUCUACCAGAUUCUUCAAGCCCAGGCAGAGGACAAGGAAGAGCAGCUGGAGGCUCUGCAGCGGAUCCAGGUGGUUCGUGUGUUCAACAUCUAUGAAAUGCUGAGUGCAUUGCAGGAGCUGCGGGAUCGCCUCUCCCAGCAGGUCGUGAGCUCCACAGGACCUCUCAAGAUCGUGGUGAUUGACUCUGUCUCGGCUGUGAUUUACCCGCUGCUGGGUGGCAAGCAGUCAGAGGGUUUAGCCAUCAUGAUGCAGCUAGCCAGGGAGCUGAAGACACUGGCCAGGGAGUUCAGCCUUGCUGUUGUGGUGACUAACCAGGUGACAAGGGACAGCAGCACUGGCCAGCUGAAGCCAGCCCUCGGCCGCUCCUGGAGUUUUGUUCCCAGCACCCGGGUGCUGCUGGAGAGCAAAGAAGCCACCUGGGAGAAAGCCACCACACAGCGCAUCGCUUCCUUGGCAAAGUCAUCCCGGCAGCCAACAGGGAUACAGGUGGAAGUGGAUAUUGGAAACAGUCACGUGAAGGAGCUGAGCCCAGCAACACCUACGCAGGGUCUCUGAUGGAGGUGGAAAAGCAAGCGUCAAGGUCCAGGAGAGCUGCAAAAACAGCAGGCAAGCACACUGAAGGUUUUAUAGACUGCCUUAGAGUCCUGCAGCCUGGGAAGGACCAACAUGAAGAAAUUCUUGUUCUUCUGUGCUGGGGAAGAAAAUGAGUGUGGGGUUCCCCAGAAAUCUCCUUGCCUCAGCAGAUGCAGCCCACAGUGGCUGGGCUGUGUGGGCAGCAUGGCAACCAGGCUGCAGGCUUGUCUUCAACCAGCAGAGCCAGCCUUGUUCUAAGGUGUUGGCUUGGGACCAGCUGGCAGGUCCCUGCACAAGCCCAUGACUUCUCAUGGUGGGUUUGUUCCCCACAUAACUCCCUGCCCACAGGUCCUAGAGCUCUGAUCCUCCUUGGCCAGCCCACAGUGAUCUUAAUUCAGAAAUAAAAACAAGAUGUUGCAUGGUGCUGUGGUUGUUGAGAGCUAGAAUUCAAUUAACAGUGACUGCUGUUAACUAAAAUGUUGAGGUUUAGUCCCUAGCCAGUGGGGUGGAACAGGCUGUCAAUGAGCUGGAAUGAAAUCCCUUGCUUGAUCUGACCUUCUCCCCAGAGUAACUCCAGACCCUCUAGGGAACUGCUGGUGCUUUGGGGGCAUUACUAUGUUGCAUAAAAAAUUGGUGUUAAUUGAUGGUUAUCAUGUGGAUCAGCUGUGGUGGAUGAGUCCUGACUGACACCAGCUGGCCCUGCUGAUGCUUAAGGACCUACUCAGUUGUAUGUGGUGAAGUUUAAAAUAAUCUCUCUUUGCUCCUGUGCUUUUCAGCUGCUUUCACAUGCUUUGGGCAACCUCCUGGGUGCUUGUGCAGUGCAGGGAGGAGAUGGGAGACUGUGAUCAUGGCCUCUCCUCUUGAUCCCACAUGUCUUAGACACCCUCAUCUCCUGCUUAAUAGGAAACCUCCUUGGCCAGUGAGCUGAGCUAUGGCUUGUAUUUCUGCUGAUGUAGAUUGUGGGGGCUGGGACUCAUCGGGGUGUGCUUAUUAAACUAAUAACACAGCAGUACAGCUUCUGGAGCCUUCUGAGGCUCUGCUGGACAAAGAGGAGUCUGAUUUUGCCAGAAUUUGGGUGCUACUUUCUUCAAAGUAGACAUAACACUGUACAGCCCCAUAUUCCUAGGUAAAUGGCUGGUGUAGAGAAGGGGCAGCUCAAAGGGGUAUGUCAGUACACAUGUUGGUUUCCCCGAGGCAGUGCCAGGUCUCAGCUCAGAUCCUUGUUUUGCACAUCUGUCAGAGCCUGUGAAAUUGAGCUCCUGGUGCUCUGAGGGCUGUGAUUUAUGAGGCAGGUCCCACCCCACUCGCUCCCAGCAAGUCCUGCCCAAAGAAGGGAACAUCCCAAAGCAACAUGAGCUAUACCAUUAAACUGUUUUCAAUAAAAAUAAAUGUAUUUAAAAAUUG